UCUUGAUGGUUAUUGAUAAGUCUGUUAUUGAUCUGACUUGUCCGUCGGUUUGUUAGGAUGAUGGUCCGUCCCCUGCUCAUGUGUUUCGUCCUCUGCGUCGUCUCCGGCAGCAGUAAACCCACAGACAGGAAGAGUCGCGUCCACGAUGAGCCGCUCAGCCACCUCGAACACGAUGACAACAAGAACUCUGACUACGACCACGAAGCUUUCCUGGGCGAAGACGAGGCCAAAGCCUUCGACAACCUCCCACCGGAGGAGAGCAAGCGUCGGCUCGGCAUCAUCGUGGACAAAAUGGACACAAACAAAGACGGAUUUGUCUCUGAGGAUGAGCUGAAGGACUGGAUCAAACUGGCUCAGAGGAAACACAUUUCUGACAGCGUGGAACAUCAGUGGAGCGACUUCGACCUCAACAACGAUGGCCACAUCAGCUGGGACGAGUACAAGAACGUCACCUACGGCAGCUACCUGGAGGACCCUCAGGUGGACACAGAGUACGACUACAGUCACAUGAUGGCGAGGGAUGAGCGACGUUUCCGGGUGGCUGACAGAAACGGCGACCUGAUCGCAGACAGAGAGGAGUUCACUGCGUUCCUCCAUCCUGAGGACCACGAGCACAUGAGGGACAUUGUGGUGCAGGAAACGAUGGAGGACAUCGACAAGGACGGAGAUGGUUUCAUCGAUAUGAAGGAGUACAUCGGUGAGAGACAUUUUUACUGACUUACACCCUCAACAUCAUCAGAGUGUUUAAUGAUUUCACACCGAUCGUUAUUGUGAUAUGACAUGCAUCUGUUUCUACUACUGCUGUGCCUCCCCCUCUCUCCCCUCUC